UACUCCUUUAAGCACAAUUCCCCUCGAAACCUAUACCCAUACAAAUAAUUUGAGUGUAACGUCGAUAUGGCUACAAAAAUACAUUUUCAAAAUCUCAAAACUCGAGCCGAAAAAAAAAAAGAAAAUGCUUUUGCUGAGAGAGCAAAAAAGAGAUUGAGUGAGAGAAAUUUUAAGUAAAUUAUUUCAGCAUAGUUCUUGUAAAUGCUUUCACACACUCAAAAACUAAUAUACGAAAAUAUUGGAGACAUAAAGUAUCUAUCUAUCUAUCACAUUUAAGUAUCUAUGAAAAGAAUUUAUUUUAUUCAGUUAAUUUAGAAUACUCCUCUUGUAAUCAUACCACAAAGUGGCGGCAAUCAACGACACGUUCUUCACAUCAAAAAAAUUAUUUUUUCAAUUUUUGAGAUACAUUUUUUUUUCUGUCAUUUUCAUUUCGUCAAUUUAAAAUACCAAUUGAGUUAAUUUAUCGAGCAUUGAUUUACAUCAUAUAAUUGCUAGCAAAACACCAUUGAUCUCUUUGAUACAAAAUGAAAGCAUAAGUUGGACAUUUCGAUCAGUUACCGAUGGACAAGUAGUGAAGAAUCACGUUGAAGUUGAAAAAGUUCCUCUAAAAUUAUACCAAUACUUAAAAUAAUAUGGACUUUAAUUUUUAAAAUUUUCAAAACUGUUGUAAAUGUUAUAAGAAAAUUACUUAAAAAUAAAUAAAAUAAAAUAAAUACUUUUCCACAUGAAAAGAAAUGUGGCUAUGAACAAAAUUCUAGUGUUGUGCUAUUUUUAAAACAUUAGUCCUUAGUUUGUCACGGGCGCCAUUUUUGUGUCACGUAGCAACGUCAAGAGAAAGUUUAUUUUAUAUAUAUUUUUCACUCGACUCAAAUAAAGUAAAUAAUAAAAUAUAUAAAUGUAUUAAAAAAGUUUAGCAGAAAAAAAGAAAAAAGAAAAAAAAAUCUUAUAAAGACGCAAAGAAUUCGAGUGCGAUUUCGAAAGAAUAAAAUAUAAAGUGUGAAGAGACAAAACAGUGUUGCGAUCUUAAAUACAUACAUUUCUAUAGCAGCUUUUGAGAAACAUAAAAUUUUGUCGAAUUUAAGAUAAAAACAAGUCACAAGGCCUGUCGAAUUCUUUACGUCGCUGACUGUAAUCGCGGAUAAACAUUCGUGAAAAAAUACAUUCGUCCAUGCCAUGCGCGAUAAAAUCUCUCAACUUUUUUGCCUGCAGAAAAACACAUGCAAAUUUAAUUCAGAUAAUAAUCCAGGACAUAAUGUGCCAAUUAAAGCCGCGGCAAACGGGUCAACGGGGAUCAAUGGGUAUUUUGGGACAGAAGGGCCCGAAGCGACAGAGACCGACUCAUCAGGGACCGGGGGGAUGCGGAAGUCGUUGGAGGGGAAGGGCACAGCGCCGAACGACGCUAUUCACCUCCAGAGACGGGUGGGACUCCUCAGUGGGGUGGCUUUAAUUGUCGGAACAAUGAUAGGGUCUGGAAUUUUCGUGUCACCUUCAGGCUUACUGGUUCGUACUGGUUCUGUUGGUGUAAGCUUUAUAAUAUGGCUGGCCUGUGGUUUGCUCUCACUGUUGGGCGCUUUGGCAUAUGCUGAAUUAGGCACAAUGAACACUUCAUCGGGGGCUGAAUGGGCCUAUUUUAUGGACGCAUUCGGGCCAGCUCCGGCAUUUUUGUUUUCAUGGGUAUCGACAUUGGUGUUAAAGCCAUCCCAAAUGGCUAUAAUAUGUCUUUCAUUUGCUCAGUAUGCAGUGGAGGCUUUCGUUAGUGAAUGUGAUCCACCAACGUCGGUUGUUAAGAUGGUUGCAUUAGUUGCAAUUGUGAUGAUUCUGUUCGUCAAUUGUUAUAGUGUUAACUUGGGAAUGGCUGUACAGAAUAUAUUUACAGCUGCCAAAUUGGUCGCCGUACUGAUUGUGAUUUGUGGCGGAGCCUUUAAGCUAUUUCAGGGAAAUACUCAGCAUCUACAGAACGCAUUUAACGGACCACCACCGACAUUUGGAGCCAUAGCGACGGCUUUUUACACCGGUCUGUGGGCCUAUGACGGUUGGAAUAAUUUGAAUUAUGUCACCGAAGAAAUUAAAAAUCCAAGCAAAAACCUACCGAGGUCAAUUAUAAUUGGCAUACCAUUGGUAACAUUGGCAUAUGCAUUGAUUAAUAUCUCAUAUCUGGCUGCUAUGUCACCCACCGAAAUGAUUGAAUCUGAGGCAGUUGCAGUUACAUUUGGUAAUCGGAUAUUGGGCGUUAUGGCAUGGCUGAUGCCACUUAGUGUGACUAUUAGUACAUUUGGUAGUGCUAAUGGUACUCUAUUUGCAGCUGGACGAUUGUGCUUUGCUGCAAGUCGAGAGGGACAUCUUCUUGACAUUCUCUCUUAUGUACAUGUGCGUCGUUUAACACCAGCACCUGGUCUCAUAUUUCAUUCAUUAAUUGCAUCUGCUAUGGUGCUAUAUGGUACCAUUGAUUCGUUGAUUGAUUUCUUCAGUUUCACCGCAUGGAUAUUUUAUGGCGGUGCUAUGUUAGCGCUGAUUGUGAUGCGAUAUACAAAACCAAACUAUCCGCGGCCAUAUAAAGUGCCACUUAUCAUUCCAGUUUUGGUUUUGGUCGUUUCGGCGUAUCUUGUGGUUGCACCUAUUAUCGAUAAGCCACAAAUUGAGUAUUUGUAUGCUUUGGGAUUUAUAUUUGCUGGAUUGAUCUUCUAUGUUCCGUUUGUUAAGCUAGGAAUGACACCGAGAUUCAUGCACAAGGUAACUCUGUUUUUCCAAUUGCUCUUGGAAGUUGUGCCAACAUCAACUAUGGCCAUGUUCGAAUGAAUAUUCUAUACAGUUUAACCAAAAAAAAAAAAACAAAUAAAAU